AAAAGAUGUCAAUACGUGAAAAAUUAUUAAUGAAAAAGAUAAAGAAACGUGAGAAAAUGAAGAAGGAAUUGGCCCAAAAGAAAGGUGCUGCCAGUAAGCCCACAAAACCAGUGCCAAAACAUGAGGAGGAGGAAGAAGAUGAAGUCAAUGGAGAUUUCCAGGAGGUUCCAAAAAAGAAAUUACCCAAAAAGGAAGAAAAGCCAAAUAAAAAGAAACUGAAACAACAAAUGCAAGUGGUAAAUUCAGAUUCUGAUAGUGACGAUGAUGAUGAGGAGGAUGAAGAAAAUGAUGCCGACAGUGGUGAAGAAGAGGAGGAAGAUGAUGAAGCUGAAAGUGGUGAGGAGGAAGAGGAAAGUGAUGAAGACGAUGAGGAGGAAGAAGAAGUGCCUGCCAAAAAAGCUAAAACUGAUAGCACAAAUAAAACGGAUAAAAAGUCAAAGAAAUCUAAGGCCGCCGAAGAGGAACAAGGUUUCGAGGAACUUGAUCCAACUGCUGCCGCGGAGGCCUUAGCUAAACGUGAUAACUCGGAUCGCUCCUUUGCCUCUCUAAAAGGCAUUGUAUCCGAACCCACCCUGAAAGCCAUUGAACAAAUGGGCUUUAGUGAAAUGACAGAAAUUCAAGCCAAAUCUUUACCCCCACUAUUGGAAGGGCGUGAUUUAGUGGGAGCUGCUCGUACAGGGUCAGGAAAAACAUUGGCAUUUUUAAUACCAGCUGUAGAGUUGAUAUAUAAAUUAAGAUUUAUGCCCCGCAAUGGUACCGGUGUCAUUAUUAUUUCUCCCACCCGUGAAUUGUCUAUGCAAACAUUUGGUGUCCUUAAGGAGCUGAUGACAUAUCAUCAUCAUACCUAUGGCUUAGUUAUGGGUGGUUCAAAUCGUCAAGUGGAAAAUGAAAAACUUAGUAGGGGUGUUAAUAUUCUAGUGGCCACACCCGGACGUUUGUUGGAUCAUCUUCAAAACUCUCCCGACUUUUUGUAUAAAAACCUACAAUGUUUGGUUAUUGAUGAGGUGGAUCGUAUUUUGGAAAUUGGUUUUGAGGAGGAAUUAAAACAAAUUGUAAAUUUACUGCCAAAACGCCGUCAAACAAUGUUGUUUUCGGCCACACAAACGGAAAAAAUCGAUGCCCUUUCGAAAUUGGCAUUGAAAAAGGAACCAAUUUAUGUUGGUGUUGACGAUAACAAAGAAACUGCAACUGUAAGUGGUUUGGAACAGGGCUACAUUGUAUGUCCUUCGGAGAAACGUCUUUUGGUGUUGUUUACCUUCCUGAAAAAGAAUCGCAAGAAGAAGGUUAUGGUAUUCUUCUCCUCCUGUAUGUCCGUUAAAUAUCAUCAUGAAUUAUUUAAUUACAUAGAUUUGCCCGUCACGUCUAUUCAUGGUAAACAAAAACAAACAAAACGCACCACAACGUUCUUCCAAUUUUGCAAUGCCGCUGAGGGUAUUUUACUAUGUACAGAUGUGGCUGCUCGUGGUCUGGACAUUCCUCAAGUUGAUUGGAUUGUACAAUUCGAUCCUCCAGAUGAUCCAAAAGAAUACAUCCAUCGUGUUGGCCGUACAGCCCGUGGAACUGGCAGUUCCGGUCAUGCUCUUUUAAUGUUACGUCCCGAAGAGUUGGGUUUCUUGCGUUAUUUGAAAGCAGCCAAAGUUCCAUUGAAUGAAUUUGAAUUCUCGUGGAAUAAAAUUGCCGAUAUUCAAUUACAGCUCGAAAAACUCAUCUCCAAAAAUUACUUCCUCAAUCAAUCGGCCAAGGAGGCAUUCAAAUCAUAUGUUCGUGCCUAUGAUUCACAUCAAUUGAAAACGAUAUUCGAUGUCAAUACUUUGGAUUUACAAGCGGUUGCGAAAAGUUUCGGUUUCCUCGUACCGCCAGUUGUGGAUCUAAAAGUGGGCGCGGCAAAACGUGUCCGGCCCGAAAAACGUGUUGGCGGUGGUGGUUUUGGUUAUUAUAAAAACCUAAACAACGACGAAAAGAAACAACGUGUCUUUAAACAAAUUAGUCGUGAUCAAUUACAAAAGAAGGGUAAAAACUUUAUGCGGUAAUAAUU